UGACGUCGAGACGGACGGAAGUGAUGCAGGUCGCGUUCCUCGAUUAGUAAAUCCGUUUUGAUGCAAAAUGUCUCUGAACGCAACACAACCAACACGGUGAUGUGACCUGAAACUCACCUCGCGUCAUUUUAAACCUGUUCUAAGUUCUUUUUUUUUUUUUUUUUGCGGCGGCAUUUAGGGAGAUGAUGGAUCCGUCCAGGAGGAGCGAGAGUGACUGGCAGGGGCUGGUCAAUGAGUUCCUAAUUUGCAAGCGGAAGCUGGAAAGCAAGAAAGAGGCUCUUCUGAUUCUGUCCAAAGAGUUGGACACCUGCCAGCAGGAGAGGGAUCAGUACAAGCUGAUGGCAAACCAGCUCCGCGAGCGGCACCAAGGACUCAAGAAGAAGUACAGAGAACUCAUUGACGGAGAUCUCUCUCUGCCCCCUGAGAAAAGAAAUCAAGUGAAUUUAGCCCAGCUGCUGAGAGACUCCAGAGAAAAAAGCAAUCAACUUUCUGAGGAGGUGAAGGAGCUGAAACAACGACUGGUGGAAGCGCAAGGUGAUAACAAGCUCCUACGAAUGACCAUCACCAAACAGAGGCUGGGAGACGAGGAGGUUGGCGCUCGACACUUUCCUGCACAUGAGCGAGAGGAUCUGGUCAAACAGCUAGAAAGAGCCAGAGAACAGAACGAGGUGCUGGAGCACAGCGUGAAGUCGCUCACAGACGAGCUUCAGGAUGUUCGUGCCGAGCGAGACGUGUUUCAGCAGAAGGCUCAUCGUCUCAACGUGGAGAUGAACCACAUCGUGGGCAAUGACGAGAUCCGGAUUCUGGACAUAGAUGCACUCUGCAUGGAGAAUAGGUAUUUGCAUGAGCGCCUCAGUCAACUUCAGGAGGAGGUCAACUUGCUCAAAACAAAUCUGAUGAAGUACAAGAGUGCGCUGGAGUGCAGGAAAAACUCUAAAAUCAGCGGUAAAGCAAACAGCAGUGCUCUGACAGGGGUGCUCUCUGCUAAACAAGUGAAGGAACUGUUGCUCUCUGAAGAAAACGGCUGCAGUUUGCCGGUGACUCCUCAGUCCAUCUCAGACCUCAAGUCUCUGGCCACAGCUCUGCUGGAAACCAUCCACGAGAAGAACAUGGUGAUCCAGCACCAACGGCAAAUCAACAAGAUUCUUGGCAAUCGAGUAGCAGAGCUGGAGAAGAAGCUAAAAACACUAGAGAUGUCUGGAUUAUGGAGUCUGCCAGGCCUGACUUAUAAUGUGUCUCUGGGAAUUUGUGGUAGAGGAAGAGACACCAUCUUCCUGAACACUCAGCAGACUGAGUCACCUGGACAUGAAGUUGACAGGGGGUCUGAAAAUAAACCUGUCGAGCACCACAGCUCUGCAGAAGUUCAAAAACAAGAUAUCGAGACAUUAGUCGCAUCAGAUUUUCAGGAAGAGGCACCGCCGGCGCAACCCAGCGAGGUGAAGUCCCAGCAGGACCCUUCACACCUGUCAGAUGACGAGGAGCCAGCCAGCCCUCAGACGGAAACACCAAACAAUCACACGCAGAUCACAGUGAAUUUAACUGCUUUAACGGAGGAGGAGGAGGAGCGGCUGAGCGAUUCCCCUCUCGCUGUGACAGAUGUGAACACACCCGAUUCAUCAGACCCUCACCACUCAGAGAUAACUGUAGACGACUCAGACCUUACAGGUAAGAGGAGGAGGAGGAGGAGGGGAUGAGUCAGAUGAAUGCACUGAAGGGCCUGAAACUGAGCGCAUUAUUACAGAGGAAGACAUUCACAUCCCUGCGUCCACCACUGUCUCUACUGCCGCUGCUGAGGGACAGCAGGAGGACCUCCAGCUGAGCCAGGAGACACAGCUCUCGGAUGAGACAGAUGUUUGUGUUGGUCAGGAAGUCUGACGUCUUCCAGGAGCUGCUCGUGUGUUGCAGAGCAUCAGGAGAAAGCUGAGGAAUGAUAAUGACAAAAGAUGCAUUUAUAAUAUAAUGAUAGUUUAUUUUUUAUGAAUAAUGGAAAAAUUGUGGAGAGCGACAAUUCUGAGCUGCUAGGAUGAACAGAUGGUGUGUUAUUGUGUUGCAGUGGCCACUGCAUGAAACUUCAGUUCUGAUUACAGACACCUGACAUUUGUUUCUUACUGGAAUAUGUAAAAAUGAGUUAAUGAGACAUUAAUGAUAUCAUCAUUAAUAUACCCCCGUCUCAGAGUCAUAGAAAUGGCCCAUAACAAACUUAAAAGAAUCUGUGUGACUGAUUAUUUGACUUUUGCUUUCAUGUCGUGUAUUUCCACUUUUUAACCUGAUUAAUUAUUCCUCAUAAUGAACAUCUCAUUUUAAAAUCCUGGGCAUUAAUAUGCUGCUGUAACAGCCUGAACUCUUUUCCACAGGCAGAGAAUUAGUGAAGUUGGGCAGUAUUUUGUCUGAUUCACAGACUGUGUUACAAUUUAUCCAAAAAGUUGCUGGUCUGAGGUCAGAGCUCAGUGAAAGCCAGUCAGGUUCUUCCACACCAAACUCCUAAAGCCAUUUCUUUGUGGACCUCACUUUGUACUCAGCAGCAUUGUUAUGUUGAAACGGGCAAAAAAAGGGUGCUCCCAAACUGUUGGGAGCUGUACACACUGUAUCAGAGGUGAAGAGUGAAGAGAAUUGGUGAAGUAGCAAAUAAGGGCUAUGGAAUGUUGCUGAUUAUGUUUUAAAAGGGAUAAGGAUUUAGAUUUGUGUUCGGUCAUUUACUUGAGAAAACUCUUGCUCUGAUUCAAAAGCUAAAAGAGAACGUCAUUUGCGUUAUUUUUCUGCUUGUAACUGUCCAGUAAGACACUGAUUCAGGUUUUGUUUCACAUGAGAUGGACACACAAGAUGGACAAAAUCCAAUCACUGCUGUAAGUUGACCACCAACAGCAAGCAAUGGUGUUGCUUUAAAAUCAAAUGUUUGUCAGAAACAUUCUCCUUUAUCACUCUACCUCGGUCUGUGCUGCCCCCACUCCCAUUGAUUUUAAAUCAGCUUACCAUAUGUUAUUAAUCACUGUCAACAAACAGAAAUGCAGGAGCUGAGCAGCAGUUUUAUUUUGUUUCCUCAAACAUAAGAGAAAAAAAACUGCUUUAUUUCUUAGUAUUCAUUUAUAUUGUGAGACAUUACCUCCUUCAGUCCUUGCUGUAGUUGGUUUCUUUAAAACUUAGCAUUCUUACACAAGUUUUAUUUUCAAUUACAAAAGCACAAUACUGUCACAGAUAUAUAAAAUGCUGCAUGACAAUGUAUUAUUGAUAACUGCGUUUUCAUUUUUUAAUCCAUGCUUUUAUUCCUGACAGAUUAAUGAUUUACAUAUUCGACACCAAGCAAACAGAUCUUCUCACACUCAUACUAAAGCCACAUCUAGAUUACCAGCACCGUGUUUUUGUCGUUAGGGAAAAAAAACAAACUCAGCAGAUAGAAAUUACAUAGAGCCAUGUGUGUAUUCUGUGAAAGUUGAAUGUGUACAAAAACUGGAUUUAUUUCUGCUAAAUAAAUCAUUUUCAACUA